AUGGACCGGUACUGUCACGGCGACGGCCGUUCUUUUGAGCCACCGCCAUCGUUACCCCUCCACAGUUACAACCGGCAUUCUCUUCCUCCACCGCACUGGCACGACCAUCAUCGCGAAUUCAAGUUUGAAAGGACGCAUUACUAUGACAACCGGCCGCGUGAUACACGUCCUACACAGGAUCCAGCUCAUCCAACUAAUUUUUGCCGUGACAGGACGAGGUACACGGGCCAGUAUCACCCUGACCGCCGUUCCCGUUCGCCCCGAGACAGAUCUCCAUAUGGUGGCGAGCGUGACCGUGGUCCACCCCAACAGUACCCGGACAGUGAUCGCAGGCGUCCUAUUGACGCGCGGGGAAAUCCAUCCAGUUUCCCAAACCGGGAAGGAUUUCGUAACGAGCCUCCACGCGGGCCCAAGGCACUGCUAGACGCUCCGAAUGGCCCACGUGGCGGGUUUGCUGGAGACUAUCGCGGCAGAGGCAGAGGUGGUGGUGGGCGCGGACGGCCCACGUGGGGAAGAGACGAUAGGCCAGAUGUUGGACGCGAGGACCCCCGCGAUCGGCCUCACUUUCGAGAUGAACGCAGCCGUGAGCGAGACUACCCGAGGGAUCGAGAAUGGGCUCCGCGUGACCGAGAACACAGCUUUCGCGGCCGAAGAACACCCCCCCCAAGGGGUCGAUCUCCCUUAAGACGUGACUUUGACGUGGGUUUGAAUGUGGACGCAGAGAGGGCCAGACGAGGGUCCAGAGAUGGUCCGUUAUCUGCUGGGUCAUCAAACUCGGACCCGCCUUUUGGAGGACCCUUCCGAGGUUCAUAUCGUGGAAGGGGUGGGGGCAGAGGAGGAGGACGUGGGGGCGGUGAUUGGGAUCGUGGUGGAAGAGGCAGGGGAUUCCACGGCGAUGACCGUCCUGACCAUCGCUUCCCCCGCAGCCAUUCCCAGGACGGUCGAUAUGGACGGGAACCAGAUGUUCGAGAUCACCGAGAGCCUAGGUACCAGGAGUUCACUAGGGACAUUCGAGAUGAUCGCCCGAUGGGAAGAGACAGGGAGCACGAUCUCCUUCGACCGAAACCGAUCGACCGCGUAUCCAAUGACCCGCCUUCAGCAAAGGACGUUUCGCCUCCUCCCCUUGCGCCUUCAGCCCCCGCCUUUGGCACAGUCCCGAGCCGCCCACCCGCCACGACGGACAUUCAGUCAAUGACAGGGAAACCACCUCCAACUGGACCUAGAGCGUUAGCGGUGGAGGAGCGGCCACCCUCUGCAGGUCAAGGCGUGAGCAAUGAUAGAGCCCCUCCUACCGGCCCCUCAAAAAUCCACGGGGAAGCUAGUCCCACCAUUCCAUCUGGACCCCGGGCCCACCGAGAUGCCAAGCAGCCCCAAAGGUCUAGCAAACAGUGGAUCAAUACUGGUGCGUUCAAUGCCAAGAAGACGCAGGAAUCCCCCAAAUCCGCAAGGUCCAUGAGCGUGGUCUCGCAGCACCCAAGACCCUUUGGUGGCUUCCGCCCAGAAUCCUCCCAUACGGACUUCCACAGCGAAUACAACAAGCGGCCCCGUAGUCCGGAUGCCAAGUCAGAUUCACACACAGAGCGAUAUGGGGGUUUCCGUGGCACCGGUGUCAACGACAUCGCCAUUGCCUACCAGAGAGGAUCUCACUCGGCCAGGGCGUCAUUGGACCGUGAAAUGAGGCUGAGUCUGGAUGAUGGUGACUUGAAAGUGGGCGCAGCCGAGCCUGUCGUUGAGCGAGCUCAAACAGAACGGCAACCGGACCGUGUCCAGGAACCAACUCCCAGCCCGGUGACGUUGGGAGCUGUUGAGCCCUCCAAGGACAAAAUAGAAGAGGCGAAACAGUCGACAGUCCCACCGCCAGAGUCACGCCCUCUCGACUUUGACGUCCCUUCAUCGGGAGUCAGGCUACAAGAGAAGCACCUGCCCGCGUCGGCGGAAGAGACUGAGGAAUCGGACGAGGAUGACGAAGAUCUUAACGAUUAUUUUUCGCAACAGGUAUCCAAGGCCGAGGCCGAGCUCAAGAAGCUGCACGAGAUGGUGGACGGUUCGACCAUUCAAAUCAUUGCGCGGUAUACAACUGUGGAAAAUAAUGCCAUGGUCAGGGUGGUUGUCAGCCCAGUUACCGUCCAGAACAAGGUGAAGCCCAUUCCCGAUGGUUUCACGUUUCCCCCGAUAAAACCGCAGCAGGUUGAUCCAGUUGAGCCCGAGGCAGCCUUGCCGCAGCCUCAAGUGCAAGAUGAGGAGAUGCCAGACGCCAUGCCUGAGGCGCCGGCGAGCCCUACCAUCGAAAAGGCGGACGAAGUGGCCGAGCAGCAGCUUCCGGAACCACAACCCAAGGUGGAGGACAUGGAUGUUGAGGGCUCAGCCCUUCCGUCAGUGCCAGCUGUGCAGGACGCUAACCUACAUGACGAGGACGUCAGUAUGGAGGAUGUUUCUGAAGUGCACGAGACGGUGGAGCCUCCGCAUCCUCCAGCGUCUGUGAAUGGGGAGCCCGGCAGAAAUGGCAUUCAUGCCCCGUUCAUGCAAGCUGCCCGCACCCCCUCGCACAUGGAUGACGACAGCGAGGACAGGACAGAGGACGACGGGAGCAUCUACGAUACUGUCGAGCAUGCUCGCGAGUUUUCCGCCACACCGCCAACCGAAGACCUGCCCAUCUACAACGUCAAACCCUGGGAGCAGAGCAGACGAGCAUUCCGAACUGAGGAGAGCUCCCCCAACUUUGGAAACUUUGUGCUUGCCAACAUCCAACGAGAAACUGCCACCGCCGAGACGGCGCAAGACGUGUCCCGGCGGCAGUAUGCUCAAGAUUACGAGUCUUACUUGAAGUUUACCCAGUCGGAUGACCCGGUUGCCAUCAAGAGCAGAGCACACUUUACGAAUGAAGUUUCGGUCAAGGAGACCAAGGGGCCACAAUCGGAAAACAAACCAGAAGGCAGAGGGACGCGAGCGCGUUUUGCUACGGAAUAUGAUCUGAAGAAAGCCCUGGAGCAGUCGCAGCGGGAGUUUGCCGAGAGGCAGGAGCGGGAAGACCGAAGCCAGAAGGAAAAGUACCGCACGGACAAGGAGGCGGUGAUCCCUGACAUGCUGUGGACCACGGCAGAAAAGGAGCAGGCCUCAUUUUAUGAUACUGCCGGCAAGCUUCCCUUGGAGAAACUGGUGGCCACUUGGGACGUCGUUCCCUGGCAUGUCAACUUCACCGAGGAGGAGGCCGAAAAGUUUGAGAAGGCCUACCUGGAGUUCCCCAAGCAGUGGGGCAAGAUUGCAAAGGAGCUGCCCAACCGCGACACCGGCACUUGUAUCCAGUAUUACUAUGCCAUGAAACGGGAGCUGGGGCUCAAGGAGAAGCUCAAGAAACAGCCAAAGAAGCGCAAGAAGGGUGGACGUGCUAAGCAGCGCUCCAGUGCUUUGGUGUCGGAGUUGGGCAAUGGUGAACACGAAACCGAAGACGCCACUCAGGAAACUGGCGAGAACGGUGAGCGUCGCCGCCCUCCCCGUCGUGCUGCCGCUCCCAACUUUGGCGGCAACGAGGCCACACCGAAUGCCGACUCGGACGGCGCAACCCCGGCUGCCACCCCGGCCCGGAGGAGAGGCGGUACUGCAAUUGAGGGUGCCAAGAACGACAGCGGGGCCGAGAAGACAGAGGGCAAGAGAGCCCGGGGCAGAAAGCAGGUCAAAGACAAGGCUGGUCAAGAUGCCAAGGGCAUAAAACCCGCACCGUCAACACAAACCCCGGUGCCGCUUCCGCCACCUGUGCCGAGCAACAAGGGCGGUCGAUCACGGGCCAACUCCAAGGCUCAGGGCCCCGAGUGGGCUUCCCCCCAGACCCCUGUCGACAUUGCUGCCCGGCCCCCGGGACACUUUGAGGCGCCUCCCGGGGGCAUGCAACCGCCCCUGGCCCCCGUUCAGCAGCCACCGCUGUCAAGCCCCGAGAGGGCAAUGGGCCCGAUGCAGUCGACCAUGUCCGAGGUCAUGGCAGCACCGUCCCUCCGGCCAGAGCCGCCGCUGUCCCAGACGUCAGUCCCCACAUUCGACAUCCCUCAGCCAGCCGGGCCCGAUCGCACUCGUACCCCACAGCAGGCGUCGAGCUACUGGAGCGUUUCAGAGUCAAACGACUUCCCCGGUCUGCUGCGGGCUUUUGGCACCGACUGGAACGCCAUUGCUGCCCAUAUGCAAACUAAGACAGCCACCAUGGUCAAAAACUUUUAUAUGCGUCAGACCAAGGAGGGUGGCAGGAGGGAGACCAAUGUGGACUGGGAGCACAUUGCUACCGAAGCCGACGCCAAGCUUCGUCGCGGGGAGAAGCGUCCUGCUCCGCCGACACCAACCCAAGGACCCCGGAAGAGAUAUGAUGUACCGACGGGACACCGGCCCCUGGCUGCUGCCGAACCCGAGGAGCACACGCCUACCAAGAUUGAGCCGAUGCCGGCGAACAACCACUUUACGCGCUUCCAAAUACCGAUCGCACAGGCCGCUCCCGUGUCACAUCCGAUGGCUCAAACUACCCAGCCUGUCAUGUCAGCACCGCUGACUUCAUCGGCCGCCGUGCAACAGCAAGCCCCACCCACCGGACCAGUUGUCACACAGGCCAUGUCACCGCAUCUUCACCCUCUCCGACCACCGGCCCCGCCAUUUCCCUUUCAGCAGCAGCAGCAGCAGCAGCAGCAGCAGCAGCAGCAGGAGAGGGAACCCGAGCCGACGCCGCCGCCAGUGUUGUCUCAGCAUCCGCACCCGCACCCGCACCCACACCCGCAGCAGCCCCAACCACAGCAACAGCAGCCGUCUCAGAUGCCCCGGCAAACUCCGCAGGCCGUGCCGAUUUCCCAGAAGGCCCCUGUGUCUGCUGCCCCGAUUGUGCCCGUGUCAGAUGCUGUGCCUCCACCGGCAGGCUGGCCAUCGUCCAGCACCUUCUCACUGCUGGGGCAGCCCAAGGACAGUCGCGACGGCCGCCAUGCUGCUGAGAGAGAACGUCAACCCAUGGGUCUUGGUCAGCGUGAGCCACCACGGCAAGCAGAGCGGGCGCCACCGUUGCGCAUGAAGCAGGAUCCUGAUCAACCUCCUCACACCCCAGAGGCUUACCCGGCAUACCAGCCGCCACGCACUGCUCCACCUCGGAGCGAACCAAUCCCGCUGGCAAGGCAGCCAGAACCACCACAUCGUGUCACACCAGCUGCCGCCAUGUAUGGACCCAGCACUCAGGGCCAGCCCAUGCGAGGACUUCUCAACGACCCAGUGCCUACCCAGCAAGCACCUUCUGUGGGGUCGGGCAUGGAGAGGCCGCUGUCAACAGCCCAGAGACCGGCGGCGGUGUCGAUGCAGGAGCACUUUGCGCCUAUUCCAGCUUCUGCUCCUCCGGUUCCUCCACCACAGCCUGCGCCAGCCGCCCCGCGACCACCAGAGCCACGCAAGACCAGCAACCUCAACUUCCUGCUCAACGAUGACCCUCCACCCGCCCCAAAGCGUAUCGCCGACGUGUCGUCCAUGGGCGUGAAGCCGAGCUCAACGCCACCACCUCAGCCGAUGGCUGCUCGCCAGCCGCCUCCCCCAACAUCAGCUCCGGCGCCGCCAAGAAGAGAGGAGGCUGGUUACCCAUAUGCUCGCAACCCACCGCCCUCGCACCAAGGUCCUCCUCCCUCGGCUAUCCCCCCGCUGAAGCCGAGCUACCCUGCACAGUCGCCGCGGUCUGGACAUUCACGGGCGCCGAGUGCCAACAUUGUUCCCUCCAUGGACCCUGCUCUGGAGCCAUCACGAGCGGAAUAUUAUCCACGCCACUAUGCUCAGCAUCAGCCAAGUGCAACUAAUUCUCCUCAGUCACACACGGCUCAUCAUUAUGGUCAGACUCCUGCUCAGCAUCCCCAGCUUUCACAGCAGAUGCCUCAACAUCAGCAUGCUCAGCAACAGCCACCGCAGCCGCCACAGCCGCAACAGCACUCGCAACAGGCUCAGAUGGCGUAUCCACCACAGGGCUAUCAGGGAUAUCCCGUCAGCCAAGCGCACGCUCCCUCUCCUACACCUCAAUAUGCUCCUCAUCCCGGCAUGGCGGUAAGGAGGGAGCCACAGCCCCAAACCGGACGCGAAUCUUGGUCGCAGCCCCCGCAAGUAUCAAGUAGCCAACAGCAACAGAUGAUUCAGCAGGAGCAGCAGGAGCGGGAGCGACAGCGCCAGCAGAUGCUCCAACAGCAGCAGCAUGCCCAUGGCCAUCAGAUUCCUCAGCAGCCUCCCCAGCAACACCAGCCACCCAGCAACUGGCCGCCAUCUCAACAAGGGACCCCGCAAAAGCCGAGCCAGCCUGUUCCCGCGCACACGGCUUGGGGAGUUCAGCAUGGUGUACAGGCCAAGCCACCUGUCACCAGCUCGGUACCGUCGCAGCAGCAGCAUGCUUGGGCACCAACAGGCUCUCAUCAGCAACAACCCCAGCCGUUCAACCUGAGGGAGAGUCGUGGUCCUCCUGUAUAUCCCCACGAAACGCAGAGCCCAACGGCCGGCAUUGUCCAUCAUCAACACCAGGGCUCAAUUGGAAGCGGUAGGUACGCCCAACCCCAACAAGAUGCAAGACGAGAGCCUGGUCCACCAACCCAGCCAUUCCCUCGGUACGCCACUCCCGGCCCCGGCCAGACUAGAGAUCCCGGCGCUAGGAGUUACACCCCUGUGAACUCGUUUGAUCCUCGUGGCCCGCCGCCGCCGCAGGCAUAUGGUCAGCCGGAUAUGAGGGACGCUCACAUGCGAGAGGCACAAUUUGGCAGAGAUCCCAGGGAGAUGGGCAGGGACCCAAGGGAGAUGGCCAGAGACCCUAGGGAGAUGGGAAGAGAUCCCAGGGAAAUGGGACGUGAUCCGAGAGAGAUGGGCAGGGAUCCUAGGGACAUUGCGAGGGAGCAAGCGCAGGCCCAGGCUCAAGCUCAGCAUCAUGCUCAGGUGCAGGCUCAGGGACCGCCCCGCGGCCCGGUUCAAGGUCAGGGGACGACACAGGCGCAGGCCCAGCUUCAGGCGCAGCAGAGGAUACUGAGACCGCAGGAGGGGUAUGAUCGGCCUCCUCGAAGGGAGGGUUAUUGA